GCGAUCUUUUCAUUUAUUGAUGCAAGUUCCUGUCUUGUUACCAGUCUUUUCUUAAAAAAUUCCAAUAUUUCCAAUUUCUAAUUUUGAUAAUAAUGCAUAGAUCAAAAGUAUUUAUAAUUCAUUAUAAUUAAUAGAUCAAGAACAGCUAAAAUUAUAUAUGCAUGAUAAUUAGAACCGCCUACUGGAACGAACGUCAAAUCUAUAGAUUACAGGCUUGCAGUUACGACUACAUAUUUUUAGUAUAAGCAGGUAGAAGUUACAACCUGUUUUCCACCAAUAAUGAAUAUUUCUAAAGGAUCUCUAAGACGUAUUCUUGCUUCUAAUUUACAUAUUCCCGAACCUGAGAGUGGCCAAAAAGGUUAUUGUACUGGCAAAUUGGAUCCUAAUGACAGACCAAGCCUAUGGGAGAUAUUUAUACCGCCUUUCGGUUUGACAUGUAUAAUAUUUUUUGGCCUAUUCUGUUUAUGGUUGAAAGAUUUCAUAAAAGAUUGUCAAUUUGGAAGGAAAGAUUUACAACCGACCUCCUACUCGGAAGAGGAAAUUGAAAACAUGAAAAGGGAAUGUAAUGGUAAUGAAGUUCAUAAUGAAAACAUUACUAAACGAGCUCUUUAUUCAGAUUUUGAUUUAGAGGUAUUAGACGAUUUCAUUCUAAAUACAAACCAUCCAAAAAAUCUUAUAGCAAUAGCUAUUCCACCAAUUGCUUCUCUUGUCUGUUGUACUAUCUUACUAUUCAUUUAUACGCCUAUGAUUGAUUGUUUAUGGCCAGAAGUGAAAAAACCAGAUAUCAAUACAGGAAUUUCAUGUUUCCUAGCACCAGCCGGUUUAGUUUAUGCUUUAUCUUUUGGUUUUAUGUUCCAACAAACCUAUGGCAAACAAACGGAAAUUCUGACUAAAGUCACUCACGAAUUUAGUUUACUUGAUCAGAUUUUAACAAUGUCAAAAUCGUUAAAAUUACCAACUCAAAAGCAUUUAUUGGCUUUAUACAAAUCAGUUAAGAACGAAGCAAUUUUCACUAUUCUUCAACUGCAAAAUGACAAAGAUGUGGAAUCGUUUAGAAAUCAACCUCCCAUUGAUAUCAAAGUUCAAAUAUGGAACAUUAUCGACAUCUUGAGAGACGCUUCACUUCAUCCCGAAACAAAAUUUAACGUCAACAGUGUACUUUGCGACAAGAUGAUCAGUUACAUUAUCGAACUAAAUAAUAUUUGUGUUGAUCGAAUGGGUACAAUACAUAGUCGAAUUCACCCAAUUAAAUGGAUAUUUUUGGAAAGUUUAGGAUUGGCUGCACUUUUUGGUGUGACAGUCGUUGACGCCCAAUCAAGAAGAAUGGAAUUGGCUAUGUGUGAAUUAACAAUUUUCUCUGUUAGUAUGCUGUGUUUUGUCCUGGCUGAUCUGGAUUAUCCAUUUCAUGGUUUCUUUCGCAUUGAUUUAUCGGUACUGCCGGACGUUGUGAAGAGGAUAGAGACUCUUUAUGAAGAAGCUAAAAGCGUUAUGGAGAAAGAAGAGGAAGUAAUCCAGUGUUUAAAUUCCACAAUGGCAAAAAAGUUUCUCAAUGGCUAUCAGGAAUCAAUGAACGUGAAUAGAGGUGAUAAAGAAAACACGGACGAAAAGUCAUCGGUUUAAAAAAUCACAAUUUGAAAAGAGAAACCUGCACAAAUAUAAUUACAAACUCUUGCACUUGAGAGUUUUUAACACUUAGCAUUCAACGAUAAAGAGAAAUGUAAAUGACGUUCAAUAAUAUAUAAAUAAAUAUAUUAUAUAUAACUCUCUAUGUUCUACGAUAAAUUCAAUACAUUUAGAAGAAAGACAAGCCUCUUUUACAAAAUGACAAAGUGCAAUUUAUGAUCAGUCUAGGCUUUUAAAAUACUUAUAAACGAAUAAAAACAACAACAAUUC